AUGUCCAUCGUCUCCGACCAAGUACGUCGGCUAGAUGCUCAAAUUGACAGGAUCCAAUUGCACAUCUCUGAAGCAAUAGCCCAGCAGCCCGCCGCAGCCGCAUCUCUACUAGCAAUAGGCGAUGACUCCUCCUCCUCCUCCUCCUCCUCCUCCACCACCACUACCACCACCAUUGCAACAACCAUACACACCUUCGCUACAGUCGCCAGAGCUCUCUCCGUAGGCUCCCCUUCACACCCUUUGUUGACCCGCUCCCAUCUCCUCCACCUCCUUCGUCAAUAUAUCUCCGUCCAGACCGCAGAGGUUAAACCCACCGAGACGGAAGAGAAGAGAGAACAAGAACGAGUACGAGAAGAUGCCUACAUCACAGACCUCGAGUGGAUCGUUGCCGCAAAGGCCACAGUCCAGACCCUGGGCCUCGUCAUGCGCGCACUGCUGGAAGAAAGCAUGCCCCUAAACGAUGGCAUCUGGUAUUGGGACGAAGUCCUUAGCUCCCACUUCUACACUGGUUUAUAUACCAUGCAAACCCUUCCCCUGAGACUCUGGGAGCAGGCGCGGGAUAUCUUCCAUACAUUCCAGCUGCAGAGACAGCAGCCGCAGCUGCAACAACAGCUUCACCAUGCUGGGUCCUCUGUGGCAGUGAGUUUCACGGACCGCUGGAGGGAUUUCUACACAAUCGUCCAUCAGAAUAUCAGGGAGCGAUCCCUGGUGCGGGCUAAGAUGAGCCUUUUCACCCCCUUUGCGCUCUGUAGGUCGCAGGUGCGUGGAAAGAGGAAGCAGCUGAAGAAGAUGAGGGAGAUUCAUGCAUGUGCUAUUGGGUUGUUGGUGGAGGAGGGGUUGGUUUUUGAGAUGGGGGAUGAGAGUGGCGGGGAUCAGAAUGCCCACAGCCAUACGCACGGUUCUGAUCACUAUCGUGGUAGUCAUAACGAUGAGGCCGAUAACGCCUGCUUAAACAACCUGGGCGACUGGAAAGACACCAUCAGCCGAACCGUCAUCCUCCUCCGCACCGUUCUAGAAAACAUCGGCACCCUCGACGACAACUCCAAAAUCACCCUCUUCGAAGACACCAUCUUCACCACCGUCUCCCACCACCUCCCCUCUGCCACUCAACCCUCCCACAUCUUCCACCAACUCCUCCACAUCCUCGAAACCUCUCUCCCAUUCCACCACCACUCCACCAAAACCCGCCUAAACGCCCACAGCUACCCCUCCCGCCUCAUCCGCUACUGGAUUCCUGCCACGACCCUCCUCCUCUCCCUCGGCACGGUGCUCAACACCCUCACCAAUAGGCGCGAGGAGCUCUGGACCUGGCUGACGGAGCUGGGCGCGACGACGGUCGACUUCGGCGUGAACUGGGUUAUCGAUCCACUCAAGCGGCUUGUCGGGACAAUUCGCCAUGAUGAGAGGAGUGAGGUGGCGAUUAUGAGUAGGGCAAGUUUGGAGGCUGAUCGGUCGAGUUUGGAGAGGAUGGUUGUGGAUUUUGCGAUGGAUGGGCGACAUCAGGGUACCUCCUGGUCACAGGGGGAUGCAAAUGCGAAUGCGGAUGCGGAUGCGCUGCGUGCUAAGGUUCGCGAAGGGGAUUUGACGCCUGUGCUUGUGGCGUAUGAGAGGGAUUUGAGGAGGCCGUUUGUGGGCACGGUGCGGGGUGAUCUGGUGCGGGCGUUGCUUAUACAGAUUCAGAAGACGAAGGUGGAUGUUGAGAUUGCUAUGGGGGGGAUUGAUGCGUUGUUGAAAAGUCAGGAAUUGGUGUUUGGGUUUGUCGGACUUACGCCUGGCAUUCUUGUUUCGUACGCGGUGUUUUCGUGGAUCUAUGGGAUAUUUGGGAAUAGGGCUGGGUUGAGACGCGGGAAGAGGGAGGGUGAGAUGACGCGUGCACUGAACGCUGUCGACCGCGUCCUAACCGCCUCCACCACAACUCACGAUGGCAUCCUCUCCUACAAAGACCACGGCCUAUUGAUCUACGAAACAGACAUUCUCGACCAACGGGCUCAGAACCUCUUGCCUGGAGCUACGUAUCAUGAGUUCAAGGAAGAUCUUAAUGAGUUGUUGAAUGUGAGGGUUGGGGUUGUGAGGCAAUUGAGGGUUUUGGAGAGGGUGAGAUGGACUUAUGCGAAGUGGACGAGGUGA